AGUUACUUUCCCAAUUGGCUUUAUUCCGAUUAUCCAGUCAGCAGCAUUGAUAUGACCAAGUAUACUCACAUCAACUAUGCUUUUGCUAUAUUGAAUACCAACUCCACCCCAACCUGGACUGAUCCUGAUAACACUGUGACUCAACUCCCCAGCCUUGUCACUGCUGCUCAUAAACAAAAUGUCAAGGUCUCCAUCAGUGUUGGUGGAUGGACCGGAUGCCUCAAGUACAGUGCUACUGCCUCCACUGAGGCUAACCGACAAGCUUUUAUUGCAUGGAACAUUGCUCAGAUCACCAAUUAUAACCUUGACGGUGUAGAUCUUGAUUGGGAAUACCCUGGUCGCCAAGGUGCUGGAUGUAACGGUGUUGAUGAAGCUAAUGACGCUCCCAACUACUUGACCCUUCUGCAAGAGCUUCGUAGUGCAUUGGAUACCAAAUUUGGUACCGGUGUCAAGGAAAUCACUUUGGCCGUCAGAGUUCAGCCAUUUGAUCAGAACGGAGGCAUUUUGUCCGAUAUGUCUGCCUAUGCAAAGGUGGUCACUCGCUUCAACCUCAUGCUGUAUGACAUCAACGGUAGCUGGAACACCGUGACAGGUCCCAAUGCUCCAUUUAACUAUGCCGCUGGACAAGACCCUUAUUCCUUUGUUCAAGCUAUCACUACCUGGAAGGCUGCUAAUGUUCCCGCUAGCCAACUUGUUGCUGGUAUGGCAUACUACGGUCGAUCAACCACUGCUUUGGAGGAUAUGACCAUCACUGGAUCCCAAUACCAAGCUCAAUCCACUGUUCCCCCAGCAGGUGACCAAACUGAUGCUUACUGGCAGGAUCCUUACUGCAGUGCUGACCCUGGUGGUUUGUCUGGGCAAUGGCAAUGGAAGUACAUGCGUUCUCAAGGUCUCUUGACAACUCCCACCACUGCUGCCUCUCCAUGGGUCCGAUACUUCGACAAUGUCACCCAAACCCCUUGGCUAUUCAACCCAAAUACCAAAAUCUACCUUUCAUACGAUGAUCCAGUGUCCAUUGGUGUUAAAGUCAACUACGCUGUUUGCCAAGGCCUUGCCGGUGCUAUGGUUUGGGAUGUGUCUAACGAUAAUGGAGAGCUCCUG